UGCUGACGAAAGGUUUGCUCCGCUGGUUCGUGGUUGCUGUGGGAUUUUUGUUGUUUUGAAAAAUUUCCGUACCACUCUGUGGUGUGAAAAACGCAACGACUAGUUAGGUGAAUCAUUCGUUCGUGCGUUGUUGAUGGAUCGAAAAUGAAGCAGCAGUGAAAAGAAGUGCUGUUUGUGCAGGAGAUACUUUCCUAUCUGCUUAGUGUGUAUUGUUUUUGAGUUCCUUACCAAAGGGGUGUGAAAAGUCGAACUCACUGCCCCCUAGUCAGUGUUGUGAAGAAAAUUCGUUUAAAAGCGAAGUACGAGUACGAAUUGAAUGCGCUGUUGUAUGGGCUUGGUUAAUGCUGUGCGGAAAUUAACUCAACCCAAUUUGGUUUCUAAUGUAAUAGUAUGGUAUCACGGUUCGAACGCCUAAUGGGGUGCUCCUCAAUCCCGAUAGGAGAUCGGACCUCGCCUGAGACGGUGGCACAAUGCUCAGGCCGGGGCGACUGUCUUAACGGUACGUGUCUGUGCGAAAUUCGCUACAGUGGCGAAGCGUGUUCCGGAUUUAACCUACCCUACCAUGCCGGCAUUUCGGCAGUAUUCUACUUUGUGGGCUUUGUUUCGCUGGUCCAGCUGAUGAUAUGCAUCAUUGCCGAGUACCAGCGGUUGAAGCAGCCCAGCUUUUUGGCCGCAUGUCGUUUAACUACGCAAAAGUUGUUGUAUUUCUUCGUCUUCAUUGCGGCGGUACUGCGUGGCGCUUAUUUCACCACUCCCGAAACGUUACAACCGGCAUGGGUUUCCUAUCUGAUGUCUCUAUACUAUCCGCUCGUCAUGACUUGCGCCUCGCUCGUGGUGUGCCUUUGGGCGGAGAUCUUCCACCUGCAAGGCAUCCGCUGGGAGCGAUCGCAGUUCUUGUCGAAAAGUUUUCUCGGAUUUCUGGCCUUUAAUCUGCUACCCUACAGUCUGUUUCUGGCGGAAAUUGCGUACUCGCAUCUAUUCACCGGACGCAGCACGUCGUUCUUUAACGGAUGUUACGCAGUGUUGCUGCUGAUCGUGGUCAUCUUUUUCCUCAUCUACGGCGUCGAAGUGUUCUUCAAGGUCCGUGGUGGCUUCGUCUAUGACUUCGGCGUGGUGCCAAAUAGUGAAAAUGUGAACGCUUCCCAGCUGCACCAAUCGCGCUUCGGUUUGCUCAGCCAAGCGAUCAUGAUGAUAGUGAUCGUCGGUUUUCUCACCUCGGAAACAUUAGGCGAUUUUUGGAAGAAAAAGGUGCCGGUGUACUCACGCAACUGGCACGAUAUUGUAUUCCGGCUGGCGGAGGUCGGUGUUGCGCUUUGGUUCCCGUGCUGCCUGUGGAACUCGAUGGCUCCGGAGCAGCUGUGGAUAUUGAACCCGCGCAAGCUUCUGACACGCCAGAUCGAUCCGGUUGCGGGCAGCGCGUGUGGGGCAGGAACAGCGGAAGCACCGGCCGAACCGUCCACCUCGGCCAACGCCGAAGAGGGACAAUCGUUUCUGGCGAAAAAGGACUGCUGGAUUUGUUACGAUACGGAUAAACCGGAACCGCUGAUCCAGCCGUGCAAAUGCAUCGGUGACGUUAGCUCGGUACAUCAUGAGUGUUUGCGCCGCUGGCUCGUGGACAGCUGCGCCAACAGUGAUGCCGUGCUGAAGUGCAAAGUGUGCGACUCACCGUACGAAAUUGAGCGAUCAAACAGGCUCGAUUGGGAGAAGGGUUUCACGAUCCAGCACUGGGCCAAAACGAUCAUCAUCGUGACGCUGAUGUGCAUCACGGGUGCGGGCGCUUGGGUCAUCAUACAGCUGAACGAAGAUUCAUUCGUGCGCGUCCUUGUGGCCGGGUUUGCGAUCAUCAUCGGGUACAUACUGUUUAAAAUGCUCGGCGAGAACACGGUGACCGCGAUCCAGCGGGCAAAGGUGAGCUCGAUCUACAUCGUUACCUCGGUGAACGAUCUGCAAACUUAAGAACCUACGGGGUAUAUGAAACCCAUAAUGAUUUUUGAUGAUUGCUACUCAGCUGCGCUACCCCGGGAAGAAUUUUUAUGUCGAACGUUGAUAAAGUGUGGUAUAUCAUAUGUUUAGGUACACUUGAUUGUGAUUGAGUGCGUUACGCGCCCGAGGCGCUUAGAAAGUUGCACGCAUUUGCGUUUCGUAUGUGUAGAUCUUUCACUAUGUUGGACGCCAAUUUGAACAAUGAAAGAUCGCUGCAAUGGAGAGGAGUCAUCGUUAACACACCUUCUUAACGAGAACCUCCGAAUGAUUCAUACACGUGCGUGGAGAUGUUCGUGCACAGAUGAGGUGAAACAUAUUUACUGCAAGCAGGAGCUAACCCAACAAUAUAUAUAUUUACAUAUAUACAUAUUUAACGAUCUGGAAACGGAAGAUCUGGACGAUGAUGCGUAGUAUGAUUUGAGGCUAGACGCUUUUUACAUACAAAUAUGUAACCGCGUGUACAUCUGCUACGAAAUCACACCUUCCUAGGGCGAUACUAUCGAUACUCCGCACGUGUUUUGUGCCGCACUAAGCCAGCUCUUCUGUCAAACCGAUCGCGUUUGGCGUUUCGUUCGAUUAACCUAUGUUUGGUAUUGGCUUUAAUGAAACGAAAUAAGAAACAAAUUGCAUUGUGCAUGUUUCGCAAACUAAAAUAAUCUAAUCAGACGAACAAAACCCCAACGGCAGCAAAGGGCACAAAAUUGGGCGGUUCAGGCACACAAAACGCGUCAUAAAAUAGCAAUCACUCACGCCCCUGUUACAAGUGUGUAUGAUAAAGCCCGUUGCAGCGAUGCGCGGGUUCAACUGGUUGGAAGAUCUUUUAUUUUCCAUUUCCCAUUUAUGUAAUUGAAGUGUGUGCGUGUGUGUAGUUUCGUUUUUUUUUAUACACAUAUAUGUGCAAGUGAUAUUGAGUUAUGCAUGAGCGUAUUUUUAAACAAAGGCAAGAGGAGAAAAAACACAUAAUUAAGUAGCAUUAAGUUCCAAUUUGUAUAGCAAAAAACUAUGCGCCGAGUGCGUAUAUGAUGUAGUGUAGAGCGUAGGAAAAGUGGGCAGGAAGAAAUUUAGUUGCUAGUAGUGCCAAGGAACGAUUGAUAUCGGACCACGAAGGCUGUACGAAAUAGUUUCCCCACGGUUCCGAAAACCGAAGGUCGAGCAUUUGUGGAUCACUGGAUACAGCGAGUUGGACAAUUUGUGGACAAUGAGGAAUGAUAUUUAAAAUCACUGAUUGGCCACAAAAAUCAUUAUUAAAGGAAUGAGUUUGUUGAGAAAAUUUUACCGCAAAUGACGGUAAUUUCUUCCUUUUUAUUUAUUGCUAACCGUGAGUUAGAUCCGUUGUUUUGUUAUUCGGAACCGUGAACACUUUAGGGAUGAUUUGAUUUGCAUGUCCAUGCGUGAAAGGUAGCGAGACACUUGCGAGUACUAGACUAGUGAUAUAAUUAGACUUAACACAUUUGUCAUAUAUUUACCGUAUACUUUUGUUUUCAUCUUCAGUUUCCUUUUUUAUAAUUUCUUGUACAACACAAAAUCAGACACACUUUUGCCUGGCAGAGUACGGGGCAGAUGUUGUAUUACUGCAGGGUUUGUCUGUGUUGUGUUUUUGUUUUCAUCUAAAAAUUACUGUAAAGUAAGAUUCCAGCAAAGGAACAAGUUAUACAUGAAAGAGAAGAGAGUUGCUAGAGACGAUAACGCUGACGUUUUACAAAAAGUGUGUAAAUGAAGUCUGCAGUUAAGCACUAAAUUGAAUUUGAGCUGGUAUGUUGUGGGAAGAGAAAUUGCUAAACAAAACAAAUGCAAAAAGUCAUAAAAUCAUCGCUAUGCUGUAAGUAGAUCAAUUUCGGUACUUGGACAAAACGAACAAAACACGAGAAGGAGAUGGUGUAGACAAACCAUAUAAUUCCUAUCAACUGAAGUAACAUUGAUAAAAGUACUUGAGAUCUCACUAUUGCACUAGUACACUCCCGUGCUAGACGAUCAUCAUUUUAGUAGCCAGGGAGUAUGAAGAAGGGAGGUGCGACGACAGGAACACGUUACUGUAAGGUUGUGUUUGCACGCAAAAUGAUCCAAAACUACACUAGAAAAGCGAACUAGCUGAACUGAUUAGCACAAAGAGAGAGUAUUUAGUUUACAGAACUCAAAACAUUUAGUAAUUGAUUGUGAACAACGAGAAAACGAACGAGAUGGGGUUGUAGAUCGGUCGGUUCCCGUUAUGGUAACCGGAUUGGGAAACGGAAUGAUUCCCAGUUCCCGAGUGAUGUGUGUAAUAUUCUCCAUUUAUUUUCAACUCUAUUCAACAUAUAUACGAACUUGUUUUUCCCCCUUAACCAUAUAACCUAUGUUAAAUUGUUCUCUUCGUGUAAGAUGAUCCCUGUAACCGAUUUACCUGCUGAAAAGUGUCAAUUGCGAAAUGUGUUUCAUUUCGGUUCGAUUUCGCUUUUAAAAAGUUGCCAAAUGGUGACUUGGCAACAAAAAAAAAGAAACAAAAUACAAAAUGCAAUGACAAACACUGAUGUAAACCAAAACCAAAACAAAAAUUUAAGCUAACAAAAACGCACUGAAUGAAUUUAUGAUAAAAAGAUGUUAAAAGAUGUAUUUUCUUGAACAAUAUAAAAAAGAAACACAACACAUUCACAGGAAAAAAAAAACACGUGAAAUGCUAAUUAACAUGCGAAGCAAUACAUUGCAAGAACACAAAAGAAAUGAAAGUGAAAACUAAAAGUGUGUACAUUAGAAGAGAGAAAAGAAGAAAUAAAACAGCCUCAAAGGCAACAUGAGUUAAAGAGAGUGCACCUAAAUGGAUUGCACAGAAGAAGAAAAG